AGGUCGCAGCUAACUUCUCGUUUGUUUAUUUCAUUUAUUACAAAGUAAAAUAAAUCCAUAGUUUCGUUCCAUGUUAAAUUAUUGGAUUUUAUAUUUUUUAUAUUAUUAUUAUUAAUUAUAAUUAUAAUUAUAAUUACAAAUACUCUAGUUACGAAUAUUCAAAUGAAAUAUUUUUAUAAUUAUUAUAAAUACUGCCACUGAUGUCAUAAGAACUUUGAUAAUUUUUAUAAAUUUAUUAUGUCAAGAAGAAAAAAUUUAAUAAAUAGUUGGAGUAAUUUAAGUAUAAAUAAUAAUAAUUACCGAGAAUACGACAACGUGGAUUACACACAAUUAACAGAGGCUGACCACAAUGGAUUCGUUGACUCCCAGUUCGCGAGACCGCCAAUUAAAAUUCCAUGGAAAGCAAUUACUUUGGCAUCAUUACUAUUUAUUGGAGGUUCAAUAAUGUUAAUUAUUGGUAGUUUAAUUGUCAGCGGUCAUAUUGACACCAAAUACAGUGAUCGAAUGUGGCCAAUAAUAAUACUCGGUAUAUUAAUGUUUAUACCGGGUGCUUAUCAUGUACGAGUUGCAUUAAUGGCGUACAGAAAAAUUCCUGGUUAUUCAUUUGAUGACAUACCGGAAUUUGAUUAAUCAUUCAUUAGUUAAUAAUUAAUUUAAAAGAGUUAUUUAUUAUAGACUAUAUUUUUAAUUAAUUUAUCAACAUGAAACUAUUUAUAAAUGAUGAAUGCACAAUUUAUUUAAUGAAUUAACACUUAAUUAUAUAUUUAUUCAAUUAUUAGGGUAAAUAUUGAUUUUUGUAAAAAGUGAUAAGGACCUUUUUUGUAGAGAAUUUAAUGCUGGACAAAAAAGGUCUCUAUUAACUUUUCGAUAUUUUUAAUAUUUAAUGAGCUAGAGCGAUUAUUAAGUUUAAUUAUCACGGAGACUACAUUUGAAUUUUAGCGGCAAAAUUUAAAUGAUAAAUUUUUAAAAUUAAUUUUUAUGGGGUAAAUUUAUUGAGAUAUUUUUAGUAAAUAAUUUGAAGGAUUUGAAAAAAACGUUAUUAGUAAUUUUAAUAAUUUUUUUUUAAGGGUAAUUAAUUAUUCAUUUAAAAUUAAUGGAAGCAAAAAAGUGUGAUUGUAUUUUUAAAUAAUUAAUUACGAUUAUCAGGGUAAUUUAUGGUUUUAUGGUGAAAGUCACGGAUACCUUUUUUGUAGAUAAUUUGAAGGGCUACAGAAAAGGUCCUUAGUAAUUUUUACGUACAAUCGAUAUUUUAUGAGUUAAUUU